AUGAUGCAAUGGCAGGUUAACAGGCAGUUCAGGAAGGACCGUGAGGCUGCCAUGACCAUAAUUCCAAAUCCAGAUGUUGUAGUCCAGCAGCUAGACCUCCCUUAUGGCCCUUCACCAAGAUUAGCAUGGCCAUACCAGGAGAACCCUAUCAUAGCAAAAAUAGCUGGAAUACCAAGGCACGGAGAGAUCCAAGCUGGACAGAGGAGAGAAGCCCUUCCAGUCCAAGAACAUGAGGCCCCAGUCUGGCCAGAAGGCCCUGCACCAGUUCAGGUCCAGCAGAACUAG